UGAGUCCCACCAACCCGCACCAACACAACAGCUGGGGGAGGAUUUCAGACCCAGUCUCAGAAGAGCGCAGAUGGUGGCAGCUCCAGGAGGAGUAGAGGAGCUUUUACUACUACGAUCACCCGGAUAAAGACGGAAAAACAGCCCGCUGAACUCCCGCUGGAGGUCUGCUUUUAUUUAGCCCCCCAACUCCAGCAGAGAGAGAAAGGGAGGCAACCAGCAGCGGACGGAAGAGGACGCACCACAGCAGAGAGCAGAGAGAGCAGAGCAGUGUUGUGUUUGUUGGACACAUGCAUGCCAGCGAAAACUAUCCACACCUAAAGGAAUGGUUUUGUUUUUUUGUGAUAAUCCCACCGAGGAGAUAGCAGCCAAGAGGUUUCCUUCAUUGCUCUGGGUGAUUUUCUACUUCUUUGCUCUGGAGGAGGAGGAAAUCCAGCCUCAGCUCCAAAUAACCAGAGACUCCUAACUAACUGGGUCUCCUCUCUCCAAAACGCAGGAAAUACGGCCUGCAUGGGAAAAAAAAAAAAAAAGUUUGGGAAGCUUUUUGGAAACGAGAAGGGGGGCCUAUAUCGCUGACGUUUUGCGACGUGAUUUUUAAAGUAGCCUACUGCUUUUGUUUAGUAUUACGCGCUUGUGUUAUUCCAGGUUGAUGUAAAAGCAUUCAACUGUUCCUGGUGUUUUGUUAUUGCAAGAGUUUUGAUCAUCACUAUUUAUAGACUCAGCCUGCUCAGACCGAGGCUGCUCCUCAGAGCUGGAGAGAUUUUGCCAACUGCGCGCAACAAGUUGCAGACACUCCCAGCAGAGGCAAACCUAUAACACCAAUCUGCUAUUUUUUUCUGCGCUUCUCUUUUUGGAUUACGCGUCUUUGAAUAGCUCAAACCUCCUCCCCUACGACCACCCUGUUUGGAAGACAGAGGAGGGAAUAAACGGUGGAGAUCCGGAGAGGGAGUUCAGGAAAGGACGAGGCUGGAUCUGUGGGAAUAGGCCUGCCCUGUCAGGCCUCUUAUGAUCUGGAUCUUUGGACUGGACUUGGACAGGACUCCCAAAUAACUCAGUCUGGACUAUUUAUUCAUGGGCCCGCUGGAAUAAAGAUGGAAGGAGGAGGAUGUGUGGGAAUAAGAAAUCCUUAGACACACUGAGCCAUGCAUGAGAAGGGAUGUAUAGUGGAAGGUAAAAAAACACCUUAAUUACAGAUCUUUUUUUUUAAUUAACGGAAUUUGCUCACAUUUUAAGCAUUAAGGCAUUUUUUUAUUUUUUACAUAAAACAUUCACAUAUAGGCUACAGUAAACUACUUUAUGUGACAGAAAAGAGUCUUUUAAAUAAGGACUGUUCUUUUUUUUUUUUAAAUAUAUAUUUCUCUGACAGUUUUGCUGCUUUAUGGUGGGAAAUACAUACUGUCCACACAUUUUUUAUUUCAGCACUACUAGCUGUUCAUAACGACAAGAUGUUUGUUGUGUGUUUCUAAGAGUGUAAAUGGACCAUUUGUUGCAGAGAUAAAGAGGGAGACAGUGUAACUUUUGCAGCCACUUGCUGUGCACAACGCCAACUGUUGACAGCCGGUAAUAUCUGCCUCUGCUCAUCAUGCUAUGAAGACUUGUUCUUUUUUUUUCUCCAUGCAAACAACGUUAUUUCGAAAUGAAGACACAUCUGGGCAUUCUUCCUGACGCUGUCUGACUUACUGUAAUGUCAGCAGGAUCGACAAAUAUUGCGCACACAUAAUAACACAGAGGAGGUCAUUUCCAGUCAUGUAAACGUCAGGAGCGACUUCAUGAAGGCAUCCCAAAAAAACAAACAAAACCCCGUUGCAUCAGUAACGUAGUCCUUUUUCCGAGAAGGAUGUUCAAUUCAGGAGGCAGAAAGAAGAGUGAUGACAGUGUUUUUUACCGCAGCUGGAGAGAAAGAGCCUCUUUGGAGAAAAAAAGGAGACAUGUAAUGUGAGUAUACUGACGCAAAAACCCUGGGUCGGAUCAUGAGACUGCUCCAGAAACUGGUCUUGUGUGAGUGAGUGAGUGAGUGUGCAGGCUGCUGUGUGCGCAGCAAACACGUCUGUGCAGUGCUCGCCAUCCAUGCACUGUGAUUAUUCCAACAAACACCUUUGCUCUCUCUCUCUGUCUGUCUGCCUGUCAGUCACUCUCUCUCCACAUGUGCACACGCGGUGCCCACGCGUUGUGUCUAAUAUCAGAGGAGAUUAUUCAUAUUUAACACCCCAUCCUCGCUUCCCUCGUCACAACCAGUCAAUAUGGCCACUCUGCAACAUCACCGGCAGCUCCUCAUGCAUGGCACGGAAGUGAGCUGCGACUCCAGCGGUGAUGGAGCUGUGACCGUGCGGAUUAACAACAGCAGCAGCAGCAGCAGCGCGCCACACGUGCGUCAACAUGAGCCACUGAGGGCUGCCAGCAGCGGUGGAGGAGGACUUGGAGGCUAUGGGGCUGUGAGUAGUAAAAUGAACCCUAACCUCCACAAAUACAGCAUCUCCUCCAGCUGCAGCUCGGCAGACUCCAGACCUCACGGUGGGACCUCCACUUCCAGGGUGCACAGGAAGGCGCCCCCGCUGUUCGAGCGCUCUGCUGCUCAGUGCUGGGACCCCAAGUUCGACUCCCCCAUCCUGGAAGACGCCUGCCAAGAGAGGUGCUUUCCUCAGACGCAGCGGCGCUUCCGUUAUGUCCUGUUCUACCUGGCGGUGGCGGCUGUACUCUGGGGGGUGUACUUUGGGGUCAACAGUGACCGCUGCGACCCUGUGACCUUCCUGGCACCCACGGCCUCCUUUUUUGUCCUCCUAGUGCUCCUCUUUUUGUUCACCUUAACCCAGCCAUACACAUGGCUGUACAACCAAACCUCCUUGCUCCUGAUCGCGGUCACCUUCGCCAUCACCUUGGCUCCACAGAUACAGACUGCUGGCUUCACCGAUCUGGAGUGGGCCGGCGGUGGGAAUGCCUCGUAUCGCUCGCCAGACAAAGUAGCACCACCUCCGACCCCCUGCAUCUCUCCUGUGGGCACCUUUUCCCUGUGCAUGGAGGUUCUGUUGUUGUUAUACAGCGUCCUCCACGUCCGCCUGUAUGCGUCCGUGAUGCUGGGGCUCCUGUAUUCUAUAUUGUUUGAGGCAUUAGAAUGGCUGCCGUUGCUUCAAAGGAGUUAUGAAACCACUGGAUGGGGGACAGGGCGAGUGGAUUCAGGUCCUGAUUGGGGAAGAGACACCCUCCGCUGGCUGGGCCCAGCCAAAGCUCUGCUCCACCUGUGCGCCCACGUCAUUGGCAUCCACCUGUUCAUCAUGUCGGAGGUGCGUUCCCGCAGCACCUUCCUCAAAGUGGGCCAGGCUAUCAUGCAUGGCAAAGACUUGGAGGUGGAGAAGGCCUUGAAGGAGCGCAUGAUCCACUCUGUCAUGCCGCGGCGAGUUGCAGACGAGCUGAUGAAACAAGGCGACGACGAGGGCGGCGGUGACAACUCUGGCAAGCGUUAUUCCUCCGGUGCCUGCUCUGCCUCAGCCGUCUCAGUGGGCGGUGGAGGAAGCGGCGGAGCUUCACAAGCCCAAAGUGCCACAAGCGCCAAGAAUUACCCUUACAACAAUCACAAACGCAAGAAGACCUCCAUCCCCCGUGGACAGAUAAUCUUCCGGCCUUUCAACAUGAAACGCAUGGAGCCUGUCAGCAUCCUCUUUGCGGACAUUGUGGGUUUCACUAGAAUGUCCGCCAAUAAGUCAGCACCGGCCUUGGUGGGCCUCCUCAAUGAUCUCUUUGGACGUUUCGACCGGCUCUGUGAACUAACCUGUUGUGAGAAGAUCAGCACUCUGGGAGAUUGCUACUACUGCGUAGCUGGCUGCCCGGAGCCCAGGCCGGACCACGCCUACUGCUGUGUAGAGAUGGGCUUGGGCAUGAUCCAGGCCAUCGAGCAGUUCUGCCAGGAGACGUGCGAGACCGUCAACAUGCGCGUCGGCGUCCACACGGGCACCGUCCUCUGUGGGAUCCUGGGAAUGAAGCGCUUCAAGUUUGAUGUGUGGUCAAACGAUGUCAAUCUGGCUAACUUGAUGGAGCAGCUGGGCGUGGCGGGCAAGGUCCACCUGUCUGAAGCUACUGCCCGAUUCCUGGAUGACCAUUACCAGAGGGAGGACGGGCAGGUGGCGGAGAGAGCCGGGCAGAGUGUGGUGGAGAAGCUGAAGGGACUGAAAACCUACCUGAUUUCAGGAAGGAAGUUGGAGCUUGAUGUGCAGUGUGGCUGUUCUCAAGUGGGACUGCCGGGCGGAGAUUUUGUUGGGGUCAGCCUCUCCCCCUGUCCUCAGCCCCGCACACCGGACCUAAUCCCUGGGGGAGCGCAGGCUGCUGAGCCCCACCAACCUCCAGACAGGAUCGGGCCUCCCUGUGUGUCCCGUAGUGUGGUCUUGUCUUCGGGGGCAGAGCAGGGUGAUGAUGUGGCUGUGCUGAACGGCUGCCAGGAGGAGCACAAGACCAGCAGUGCCAAGUUCAUCCCAGGUCACAGUCCCAGAGCAGCCAACGGUCUCCUGAGUCCCCCGCUGGAGGACCCAGUCCGAGCUAGCCAGAGCUCCCUGUGCGACAUGCUCCAGGAGAAAGAGAAGAAGACUAGCACUAGCACGGGGACUGGCACCAGUCUGGGCAUGGCUGGAGGCACAGGGGCAGCGGGCACGGGAAUGGACCACUCCGCCCUGAUCCAGCUGCGUGCCAAGAACUUCAGAGAAAAGAGCGACGCCCACUUUGUGGAUGUUAUCAGGGAGGACAGUCUGAUGAAGGACUACUUUUUCAAGCCACCCAUCAACAAGAUCAGCCUCAAUUUCCUAGAGAGACCGCUGGAAAAGGCCUAUCGCAGCAGCUACAAGGAAGAGGUAAUGAACGAGGUGCAGGUGCAGACAUUUGCGAGCUCCACCUUCAGCUCCUUCCUGGAUGUUCUCCUCAGCUGUUUUGUCUUCCUGGCCCUGACGCUGGCCUGCUUCCUUCCACCUCUGGUGAGCCCGACCACCGUGGGCCCUCCGGCUCCCGCUGCCCUGGCCGUGGCUCCCCUGGCCGGCCUGUUGGAGCUGGCCUCCCUAGUGCUGUCCAUACGUAUGGCCUUCUAUCUGGAGGAGGUGAUGAACUGUACCCGCUCCCUGCUCCUGGUGGUCUCUGGAUGGGUCCCCCGUCACGUGAUCGGGGCUGUGUUAGUCUCCCUCCCUGCCAUCUCUGUCUUGUCCCACCUCACCUGCAGCGUCCACGUGCCCCUCCAGGUGACCAUGUUCUUGUGCUGUGCCACCAUCCUGGCUAUCAUCCAGUAUUGUAACUUCUGUCAGCUAAGCUUUUGGAUGCGCUCUGUCCUGGCCACUGCUACAGGGGUCGCCCUGCUGCUGUUACUGUACAGCCCCUUGCACAGGUACAGCUCCGGUAAUAACAGCUUGCCAGUUCAUGGACUGAACAUCUCCACAUCCGGUGAUGGUGGUUCAGCGUCAGUCACUCCGGAACCUCCCCCGAGACCUCUUGACCUUCUGGUCCCAGAGGCUGUCCUGGCCUUCUUCCUGCUUCUUCUCCUGGUCUGGUUCCUCAACCGCGAGUUUGAGGUCAGCUACCGUCUCCAUUACCAUGGCAACGUAGAGGCUGACAAACACCGCUCCAAGAUCCAGACGAUGCGAGACCAGGCUGAGUGGUUACUGGGCAACAUCAUCCCCAUCCAUGUUGCUGACCAGCUCAAGGUGACCCAGAGCUACUCCAAAAAUCACGACAGUGUGGGCGUGAUCUUUGCCAGUAUCGUAAACUUCAGUGAGUUCUAUGAAGAGAGCUACGAGGGAGGAAAAGAGUGCUACCGCGUCCUCAACGAGCUUAUCGGAGACUUUGACGAGCUCCUUCGCAAACCCGAAUUCAGUAGCGUGGAAAAGAUCAAGACAAUCGGUGCCACCUACAUGGCGGCGUCCGGAUUGAACGUCCGGGAGUUGGCUGAGAACGAUGACGACUCUCUACACUCUCACCUGAGGGCACUUUUCAACUUUGCCCUGGAGAUGAUGGGCGUCCUGGAUGACUUCAACAAGAACAUGCUGGGUUUUGGUUUCAAGCUCCGUAUUGGGUUUAACCACGGGCCGCUGACAGCGGGGGUGAUUGGCACCACUAAGCUGCUCUAUGACAUCUGGGGAGACACGGUCAACAUUGCCAGCCGCAUGGACUCCACCGGGGUGGAGUGUCGGGUGCAGGUGAGCGAGGAGAGCCACGUUGUGCUCAGUGCCAUGGGAUUAGAGUUUGACUAUAGAGGUACAGUGAAUGUUAAGGGCAAAGGUCAAAUGAGGACCUUUCUGUACCCCAAAAGUGGGGAAAGUAUAUACCAAGAUCGAUCGGAGCUGGACGCCACCGUCGGACCCUCGUCCAUGGCAUCAACAGCCAAUAAGACUUCAGGAUCUGUUGCCCAGGCAGCAGCUCUUCCUCCCUCUUCUUCCACUCCUCCUUCCUCCUCUCUUUCCACACUCCCUCCUCAACCACAAAGUGCUGUAAGGCCUUCAAGAGCAGGGCCCGAGCCUGGGCAAGCUAAGUCCACAGAGGUGAGAGAGGAGGGAUAUAGGGACCCUCCAAACCUCCCCGGGCAGUCCCCUGCCACAGACCUUCACCUCCCUCCCCACUCUGAACUGGGCCCAGAGCCUUGUGCUGCACAAGUGCCCUCCCAGGUGCAGCCUGCUCCUCUCGCACUCCAAGAGGAGGAGGAUGAAGAGGUAGACGCCAACGAGCUAACAAAACUCAACGAGGAGUUUUAUGCUCGUCUCUGAUCCCUCCUCUCCUCUUUCCCCUGACUUCUGUCCCCUCUGCUGCCUCCAGCUGCUGUCUGACUCUCCAGAACCGAUUGCAGGUGCGAGCAGGAUGUCUCUUUACUUAAGGUGAAGUGUCUUCGGCACGGAUGAAGAAGAGGGAGCUUGUCACUCCAAAAGAAAAAGUGGUUAUAGAAAUGGCUACUUUCAUGGGAAUGUUGUCUGAGUGCUGGGGUGGGUUAGACCUGUGUUGAGCACAGCAGUGUGUAGGGGAGAAGGCUGAAAGGGGUUCAGAGGGAAGGAUGUUUUGUUGGUGUUGUUCUUGAUGUUUUUUUUCUUAUUCAUUUUUGUUAUUAAGUGCCUUCAGGACUAGAACAGUGAACGAACAAAUAUGAAUACUGAACAAAGUUUUAACGAUCUUAGACUACGGAACAUGCUGUGGUUUCCUACACCAUGCUUUUAUUUUCAAUGCAAGUAUUUCUUUAAAAAAAAAAUCAUUAUUGUUGUGCCAUAUCAUUUGUUUUAACUUGAUCAAAGUCUUGACCUUACUUAAGGGAAAAUUAUUAUAGAUUCUAUAUAAGUGCCAGUGCAGCAUGAUGGGCUGAGCAGGGAACUAUGGGAAGAAUGAGGGAAUCACAUGAAGCAGUGUUAAUUUAUGUAUUCUGCUUUGACAUGAGGGCUUAUUACAGUAUUCAUUUGUGCUAGAGUCUCGGUUUAAAGGGGACAUGCUACAAAGCAGGCUGCAUAGAUUUUAGUUUGUGUAGCAGCUAAAUGCACAUUUCAAGCACAGGUCUUGCACAGUGUUUUCUCGACCACUUGUAUUUGGUAGUUAUUACCGUGAAAUAGCUUUUAAGAGCGUUUAAACAGAGUCCUCAUCUGUCACAACGAGUACAAUCAAAAGCACAAAAUCAAAUCAGAUAAGGGAAUAUAGAUUUAGAGGAAAGGGUGGUUUUAAAAAGUGAGAUCAUCACAAAAGCAGGAAGGCACUUUAAAUAUACUAACAGUGAUGCUCUACCCAACGUGCGUCUUUUAAGUAUGAAACACUCCUCCCCGUCGGGACCUUGAAAGACGGGUGUAAAAUAAGGUUGUAGUUUGAUCUUAAACGGCGAAUUUCAUUAGAUGGAACUGAUGUUGGAUUCCACAGAAGCGUAUCAAACCAAUCCUGCAGCAUAAUACACUUCUCUGCUGUCCAUCUGUACGUAUGCUCUGUUGGUCCCAGUCAUAUUUCCAUCCAUCAAAAGUAUGAGCAAAUACUCUUCUACAGUCUCAGUGUUCUUGCACGACCUGGCCUGCUUUUUCAUUGGUCAGAACCACGCCAUUGGAGCUCACUCAUUGGCUAGACUGAAAGCCGCUAUGCUGCGGAAAAGAGCAAACUACGUUUACCUGGAGAUUUUCUAUAUUUUUUGUUGUUAACGAAUAAAAAAAACAAACAAAAACAAAUGAAAAGACCAAAACCAACAGUGUGUUAGUCCAUCUCUCAAUACUUUCUGACUUCCCUACACUGUAGGCCACAAUCAGCUGGGCACUGUAGUAUUUUUUAUACAUGUUUUGGGGCAUUUUAUGGCUUUUUUUUCAUUAUACCAGAAAGUAAAGUAAUGACAGGAAACAAGAGGAGAGAGAGAUGGGGAAUGACAUGAAACAAAGGUCCCAGGCCAUGCAUUAAACGGGGGAUGUUAGGGUUCUCCUGGGCACUGUAGUUUUCAGCAAAUGUUUCUCUAACAGGAGUAAAUUGUUAAUUUGGUGAGGAUUGUAUUCGGUGGCUGAUGUGAUGUGCUAGUGAGUAUUUACAGCAGUGGGACGGUGUAUGUGGGAUUGACUCAAAAUGAAACUACAGAGCCCAUGUUAGUUGUAAUGAAGGCACAUGUCAGAGCUCUAAAGGCCCUGACACACCAAGCCGACGGUCAAACGUUGGAUAGUUUGGGGCUGUCGAUGAGUGUCUGCCGGCCGAUUUUUUUGCGGUGUGUCCCGCACCGUCGGCUCUAGUCUGCCCUUGUCACAGGUUUUUCGGCCGAUUCAGCAUGUUGAAUCGGCGGCGGAGCCUGUCGGUGAGAGAAAUCAAUCUGAUUGACUGUUCAGAUUAAGCGAAUCCAUGCAUGAGAAGAGAAACGGAAGUGAGGAAAGCACUUUUUUGCGCUCUCACAUCGCCUUUGUCUUGGCCGACAAGUUACAUUUGAACACACUGCAAAGACGACAGCCAAUGCCCAGUUACCGCGUACGUUCUGCUGCUGCUUGAGAUGAAAUAUCUCUCCUUACCAGCAGGUCGUGGUUGUCUCUAUUUGCCAUUCAAAAAGGGAAACCAGAAGGCUGAGGACUGAGGAUAUACAAGCCGUUGUUAUGAUACGUACAUGAAACAAAGCGGCGUUUGCCGACCAUUUUUUCACACCACUCUCACUCACCUCUUAGCUUCA